AUGCCUACUUGGAGCCAACAUCUCGGGCUUGAUGACGCUGAGGCGGAGAAGGUUGAAAAACGUGGGCGGUAUAUUGCUGUAAGAACAUUGGUUGCUGCUGCAGUUUAUCCAUUAACACAUGUAAAAAUUCUAUUUCAACUUGGUUAUGAACCAUUUCCCUUAGCAUCUGGAAAAUUCUUAUGGUUCUUCCGUGAAGCAUAUUUUCUUCCAAAUGGUUUCACAUAUGCCAAAAAAAUAUACAACCGCUUUGGACUAUGCAAACUUUAUACUGGGAUCGAUGCUUCCAUAGUUUCUCAGUUUACUUCCGGGUUGAUUGAUCUUGCAACAAAUGUUUACAUGGAUCGCCAUUAUUCCGAAAUUGGUGGAAAACCAAUUAAUCUAGACAAAGAAGAAUCAGAAAUGAGUGAUACGGAAAGUAUGCGUCGUGUCCUUCGUUUCGCUAUACGAGAAAGUAUUUCUCGUACUGCUGCUAUUAUUGUUUCACGUCCAUUCACCGUAGUUAUGAUCAGGCAGAUUGCACAAAUUGUGGGCGAUGAGCUCAAAUAUCACAACGUAUUAUCCUCUUUGCGAUUAGUUGGCAUUGAAGAGGGUCCGAAAGGAUUAUUUUCAGGUUUGAUCCCGCAAUUGAUUGUAGAGUAUCUGUCAAUAUGGGGUAUACAGUUUGUACAUUUUGGUAUUGAACGUAUGACAUUGCGUGCUCAGCAAGAUGCCAUUCGUUCUAAUAAUAAGGAAGAAGAGAAUUUUGUUGUUUCUACACGCAAAAUGCUAUAUUUGAUUGCACCAGUAUUUGUGAACAGCUUUACAUAUCCAUUCCAAGUGGUAUCAACAGUAAUGGCAGUUGCUGGUUCCGGACUCGUGGUUUCGAUGUUGCCAUAUAGUCCACCCUUUGCGUUAUGGCAGGAUGCUUAUGAUUAUCUCUUGCCAGUUAACGGAUUAAAACGAGGUUCGAGAAUGUUCUGGCGGGAACACUCUGGAGCUGUUACUGUAGGCUCUAAUAAAGAGCUUUAUGCUGCCAAUAAAUAUUUCAUAUGA